GCGCAAGCGGGCAGGUCAGCAUCUAGAACGCAUUACAGUUUUUCCGCAAUCCGCAUUCAGCGAUUCUUAUACCGGCAGUAGACUGGCAGACGGUCGGAAAAAAACCCAAAGGUUAUUUUUAGUAAUGACCGUGUUGCUGGCAUUAUAUCUCGUUAAAGACAUUUAAGACGUUGCACACUAACUUCCUCAAGCCGGAAUAACUUCGCAAUGCCCCAGAAAACGAAAAUGAAGUCUUGGUCGGAGCUGAAACAAAUCGGCAAUGAUCUUUUCAAGGCGGGCCAAUAUGGAGAGGCAACUCACUUCUACAGCCAAGCCAUCAACCAGCUGAACAAAGACAAUCCAAAUAACGUGGAGGAUCUGAGUGUCUUGCAUUCGAACCGCGCUGCCAGCUACCUCAAAGACGGAAACUGCACUGAAUGCUUGAAAGACUGCAACACGUCGCUGGAGUUGGUCCCGUUCAAUCUCAAGUCUUUGCUCCGCCGGGCCGCCGCCUCCGAGGCUCAAGAGCGCUACAAGUGGGCGUACGUUGACUACAAGACCGCCCUGCAGAUUGACGCCAACAUAGCUGCCGCCCACGAUGGCACCAACAGGAUGAGCAAAGCCCUGACAGAGGCUGACGGCCCGACAUGGAGAGAGAAGCUUCCUUCCAUCCCGACCGUCCCCCUAGCUGUCCGAGAGAAGCUGGGACGGCAACCUGCUGGCACGGCGCAACAUAACGGUGCCGCACAAAGCCACAAACCUGAACACAGCGAAAAGGAUGUGCGGCAAGGUCAAUGCCUUAAGGAGGAAGGCAACGUCCAUGUCAAGAGAGGUGAACAUGCCAAGGCCGUGGACAAGUACACGCAGAGCCUCCGACAUGACCCUACCCAAGUUGCUACCUUCACUAACCGGGCGUUGUGCUUCUUGUCGCUGGGGCAGUUCAAGGACGCUGUUAGAGACUGUGACGAGGCGCUGAUGAUUGACCGCACCAAUGUUAAGGCACUGUAUCGGAGGGCACAGGCUCACAAGGAGCUUAAGGAUGUGAAAGCAUGCAUAAACGACCUCCACAAACUCCUUGAAGUGGAGCCGAAGAACGUUGCAGCUGUCAAACUGCUGCAUGAAGUUCAGAAGAGAAAGUGACAUCCUUAAGGAAGUGCGUUGACAAACAUGAGGUGAAUUUGUAGACUGCAGAUGACGUUUAUUUAUGACGAGAGUAAAUGACAUUCCCACAUACAUCAAGUGGGUGGAGCUCAUAUUCAGAAAGAGAAUAGUAUACUGUUAAGCUCCUCCCCUUUCUUCACUCCUCUUUGUUGCAGUGGCUGCCAUGUUUGCUUAAGUGCCUGAAAACUUCAAUCUCGUUUCAGUGCUGUAAAUGUUUUCUUCUUGUCAACCAGUGUCAAUAAAACUUUUUGACAAAA